AUGCUGGCAGCCCACAUAUAUAAAUUGCCGGUAGAGCUAAGUGAUGAUUUUUUUUUCACUCGUACAUUUGAAGUUGAGAAAAGUUUAGUAGUAAAUAAGAGGCCACUGCUUAUUUAUGAAAACAAAUUUGUAAGUUCCACAAAUGCAAUAUGUUUUUUAUUGCAUCGAUUAAGAAAUAAAGGUAUAAACGUAAAAAGUUUAGAUGACAAACUACGUUUAUAUUUGACAUGGAUCGAAUGGAGUGAUGUAUUAGAAAAAAACAUUGAGCGCUUGAAUAAAAAAAAAAUAAUUGAAAGUUUAGAUUUGUUAGAGUCUUAUUUGAGCGAGAAUAUUAACAAGGAGUUUAUAUGUGAUGGAGCUGAGGAAAUCAAAAGAGAGGAUGGAUGCGAUGAAACAGAUCAAAGCCAAGAAAAUGGUACGUGUGGAAUUACAUUAGCAGAUAUCUAUGUAUACACAUCUUUGAAAUAUUCGAAUAUUGUUAUAUGCAAUGAAAGUUGGUCACAUAUAAACAGCUAUGUAGAAAGGAUAAAUAAUUUAGAAGAUGUACAAAAAGUAAUAGAAACAGUUGAAAAGGUUCAUAAAUUAAAAAAUAUAUAUAGUUUAUUUAUAUCAAAAAUUUGUGAAAAAAAUAUUAAUGAUCAUGUAAAAAAUGAGAAUUUUUAUAUAACUACUGCUAUUAAUUAUGUAAAUGGUGACCCACAUAUAGGUCAUGCAUACGAAAUCGUAUUAGCUGACACAAUAGCUAGAUAUCACAGAAAUUUAGGAAGAGAUUUGUUUUUUACAACCGGUGCAGAUGAGCAUGGAUUAAAGAUAGCAAAUCAAGCAGCAAGAAAUAAUAUAACACCACAAGAGUUAUGUGACCAAAAUGUAAUAAAAUUUAAAAAAUUAAAUAAAGAUUUACAUACCACAGAAGAUUAUUAUGUUCGAACAACUGCAGAAAUUCAUAAAAAUAUUGCACAAUCUAUAUGGACACAAUGCAUGGAAAAUGGUGAUAUAUAUUUGGGUGAAUAUGAAGGAUGGUAUAAUGUUCGAGAAGAGACAUAUAUACCCGAAAAUGAAGCUAAAUUAAUGAAUUAUAUGGACCCAUUAAAUAAUGUAAAACUAGAAAAAAUGAAAGAACCGUCGUAUUUUUUUAGGAUGUCUAAAUAUCAAGAUAGAUUAUUACAACAUAUACAUGAUAACCCAGAUUUUAUACAACCAGAAAAGAAUAGAAAUGAAAUAUUACAACGAUUAAAAGAACCAUUAGAAGAUUUGUCUUGUAGUAGGACAAAAUUCAGUUGGGGUAUUCCUGUCCCAAAUGAUCCAAAGCAUGUAAUGUAUGUAUGGAUGGAUGCAUUAAUAAAUUACUAUUCGAAUUGCUUUAUAAAUAACCAAGAAAGAAUGAAAUAUUGGCCAGCAGAUAUUCAUAUAAUAGGAAAAGAUAUUGUUUGGUUUCAUGCAGUAAUUUUCCCAACAAUUUUAAUGUCUAUAAAUAUAGAAUUACCUAAGUGUAUAUUUUCACAUGGUUUUGUAUUAGCUGGUGAUGGUAAAAAAAUGUCAAAAUCUUUAAAAAAUGUGAUUGAUCCAAAAGAAAUUAUAGAAGCAUAUGGAUCAGAUGCAUUUAGAUUUCAUGUAGUAAAAGAAUCUAAAAGAGGAUAUGAUAUGAGAUUUGAUGUAGAUAAUUUAGUUGAUAUGUGUAACUCUGAUUUAGCUGAUACGAUAGGAAAUUUAGUACAACGAACAUUGUCGCUUUGCUUUUUAUCAAAUAAUGCAAAAAUCCCACCUUUAUAUGAUGAUAUAGAUGUUGAAUUACCAUUCUGUAUGCUCCAUUUUAUUAACAGAAUAGAAUAUUAUAUGAAAAAUUUUCAUAUUCAUAAAUUCUGUGAGAAAACAGUAAAUGUUUGUAAAGAUUUAAAUAAGUUUUUAACCGAUUUAGCCCCAUGGAAAUAUAAAAAAGAAUCGGAACAAAAUAAAAAAUUACAUAUCAUAAGAUUAAUGUUAGAAUCUAUUUAUUUUAUUGCACAUUACAUAGAUAUAGUUGUCCCAAUGAUAGCAUCACAAAUAUUUAGCCAAUUAAAUACACCGAAAAAGAAAAUUGUGGAUUUAAAUCCAUGGCUAAACAAUUUGGAAGAAGGUGUAAUAAUUAAUAACGAUCAUGUUUUAUUUAAAAAAUUUGAAGUAGAAAGUGUUAAGAUAAAAAUACAAAAAGUUAUUAUGAAAUUAUCUAAAGUUAUUAAAGUUAUAGAACAUGGAGAAUUAAAAAAUUCAACCCUUUAUGAAAUUGAAACAGAUGACGGAAAAUAUAUAGCUCUUCUAAAUUUACCACAUAAUGAAAGUCACAUUAAUACAUUAACAGUAGCUAUUAUGAAUAUAAAACCUCUUACCAUAAAUAAUAUAACAGUAACUUCUAUCAUUCCACAUGUACAUAAAGAAAUUUUUAAAUUUAGCCCAGAUGAAAACAUACCCGUUGGUACUUUAAUACAUGCCAAAAAUUAUAAAACUUUAGUUAAACAAAGAGAUAAUUUGACAAAAAAAGAGAUUAACUCAUUACAGCUCUCAAUAAUUAAUAAUAAUUGUUUUUAUGAAAAAAAUGUCCCCUUAGUUUUCGGUUCCUCUGACAACCCAUUUUACCAUGCAACUCAAACCUCAGGCACCCUCAAUUUUUUUAGCUAA